AUGACGAGUGUUCCCGCCCUCUCAGCCGUAACUCCUCCUUUUCCGCUCUCCCAGGCGGAAAUCGGGGCGGGGAGCGCUGGGCAUGAAGAUCACAAUGUUGCUGUAUUUCAACACUUUAAAAGUUUAAUUAAUUUUAGAAGACAAGGGGAACCACGUCAAAUAGUGAAAUACAUAAAUCCUAUAGAGGCAGAACUUCUAGAUCCUGCUGCUGGCAUUCAAGUACGAUUCAGAUUAGGUGGUGCUAAAUUUCCACCUGGUAUAUACUAUAAAAUUUUCACUCACAGACAUAUUGAAGAUCUAUGUGCUAAUAGCCCUAGAGAUUACACAAAACUUCCAUCAAAAUAUACCUCUCAUAUUAAAGGUGAUCAUCUUCGAGAAGAGGAUCAUAAAGGCUGGUAUCAUCGUACGGAGAACAAUGGUUGGAGGCUUGUGUCUGAUACAUUUUGGAUGUCCACUGAAAAUGAAAUGAUAGGGGAGAAAAAAGAAAGAGAAUUCCAUUUCUCAAAACUGAAGAGAAGACAAGAUAUGGAAAAGAAAAGAAAAAUUAGAAAAAUAGAAUGGAUGAAGCAAAUGUACUAUAAAGGAACCCUGAGGGCUAGUACAACAAACGAUACAAACGAUACGACUCUAAAUUUAAUUAACACUGCAACAAAAGGGCUAAUAAGAGCUAUUGAAGAUGGUGGAUUAGAUUCUGUGAUGGAGUGGGAAGUGGAUGAAGUACUCAACUGGACAAAUACACUGAAUUUUGAUGAGUAUAUUGCCAAUUGGAAGGAAAUUGCUACAAGCAAGUCAUCAGCUAACUUCAAAGCUUUCUGUUUUCAUCAAGUACGUGAAAUAAUAAUGAAGAUUUAUCACAAGCAGGAUUGGGACCACCAGAUGAUACUAAAUAUAAAAAUACUGAUGUAA